CUGCCACACAUAAAUUAACAAAAAUACUCCAUCACCAUGAAAGAAUUAAUUUUCAUUCCUUUAGCAGGAAUAGGCCACCUUGUAUCAGCCAUCGAAUUUGCAAAACAAAUUCUAAACAGAGAUGAAAAAAAUCUCUCCAUCUCUGUUCUCAUCAUGAAACUUCCCUUAGAUUUUGGUGUUCAAAAUUUCAUUCAAUCUCUUACUUCUCAACCCCGUUUGAAAUUCAUCGAUAUCUCCCUAGACGAACAAACGUCUUCUAGAUUCCUCAAUAACCACGAGACGUUCCUCUAUGAUUUCAUCGAUGGUCACAAAUCAUACGUACGUGAAUAUGUUCAAAACAUUUCUAAAACAAGUUCAUGUUCUGCUUUCAUUCUUGACAUGUUUUGUACCUCGAUGAUUGACAUAGCCAACGAAUUUAAUGUCCCGAGUUAUAUUUACUUCGCUUCAAACGCUGCUUUUCUUGGCUUAUGUCUUCAUUUCGAGACCUUAAGAAAUGAACAAAAUUUAGACACGUCGAAGUACUUAAACUCUAACGAGGCAUUAUCGAUCCCAACUUUUAAAAAUCUUUGUCCUGCUAAUGUUGUGCCUGAGCAUUUGUUAGAUUCAAGACUUGCUUCAACGUUGUUUUUUGAUGGAAUUCGUCGAUUCAAAGAUACUAAAGGAAUUAUUAUUAAUACUUUUUUCGAGCUUGAAUCAUUUUCUCUUCAGGCUCUAUCGGAUUCUAAGAUGGUUCCAAAAAUUUAUCCGGUUGGUCCAGUGGUUAGUUUUGAAAAAAGUGGUCAUUGUCGAAAUAAUUCAACGGAAACUGAAAGUAUUAUUAAGUGGUUGGAUGAGCAGCAAGAUUCAUCGGUUGUGUUUUUGUGCUUUGGUAGUAUGGGAAGUUUUGAAGCAGAACAAAUUAGAGAAAUAGCAACUGCACUGGAGCAUUGUGGACACAGGUUCUUGUGGUCUUUAAGAAGAUCUCCACCAAAGGGAAAAACAGAUAUACCAAGCAGUUACAACAACUAUGAAGAAGUGUUACCACAAGGAUUCUUGGAGAGAACAAAAGAAAUUGGAAAAAUAAUAGGAUGGGCACCACAAGUAGCAAUUUUAUCUCAUCCAUCAAUAGGAGGAUUUGUGUCCCAUUGUGGGUGGAAUUCAAUACUAGAAAGUGUGCAUUUUGGUGUGCCAAUUGCAACUUGGCCACUCUAUGCAGAACAACAAAUGAAUGCAUUCUUGAUGGUUAAAGAAUUAGGACUUGCUGAGGAGAUAAAAAUGGACUAUGUUGCUGAUUUUGAGGGGAAAAAUAAUCAAGUUGAUGUAGUUAGUGCUGAAGAAAUUGAAGGUUGUUUAUUAAGGUUGGUGGUUAAAAGUGAAGAGAAUGAAGUUAGGAAAAAAGUGAAGGAAAUGAAGGAGAAGAGUAGAGUGGCAAUCGAGGAAUGUGGAUCAUCUUAUAAUUCUAUUGGACUUCUAAUUAAGGAUGUAAUCACUAAUAUUUAGUUCUUAACAUGAAGGAAAAAAGCAACGAUAUUAUAUUUGAGGAGAUAUGUACUAUUAUUAGCUGAUAGUAGUGUCCAACGAUAUUAAAGAUGUUAACUCUCUUAUA